AUGGUCCAGCAAAUUGAAUGUUCGAAGCCUAUAGCAAAACGGACGCAAAUAUUUUGGGUUUUUCUAACUUUUAGAGUUUUGAACGCAGUUUUUACGAGAACCUUCUUUCAGGCUGAUGAAUUCUGGCAAGCGCUGGAACCAGCCCACUGGAAGGCUUUCAAAUACGGUGAACUGACCUGGGAAUGGAAGUUUGGAGUUCGUAGUUAUUUGUUCCCGAUGAUUUUUGAAUUGACUUACAGAUUCGUUUCGUUAUCGUCAAUACUUGUUCAUUAUACUCUUUUUCUUCUCUCAACCAUAGGAUCUGACUUACUACUUUUACUAUUACCGAAAUAUGAACUAAGUUGGCAAAUCGCGGAAGAUUUAAAAAGACUUCCAUUGGAGGUCACACAGUCUUAUGAAUAUUACGGUGUGCUCUAUGCUCCAAAAGUAGUAAUGGCAGCGCUAGCUUCCACUGGGGAAUACUACACGGUAAGGUUUGUUCAAAAAAUUUAUUUAUUGACACUUGAUAAGAAGAAUGAAAAGGAAGAAGAGAAGGGAUGCACUGGUUUGUCUAGCAUUACCAAAUUUUCUCUGCUUCUGAGUUUAACUAACUUUUUCAAUUGUUUUUUCAUUACAAGGACAUUCGUCAAUUCUUUUGAAAUGGUUCUUACUUCCAUUGCACUGUAUUACUGGGACUGGACAAGUGGGCAGAUGGUAAAAGAGUCAUCUUUUAGCAAAGCACUUGUUUUUGCAUUUUUGGGAUGCUUUCAAAGGCCUAGCAGUGGACUUGUCUGGAUAGUUCCCAGCAUAUCUCUAAUAUUAAACUUAGUAUUCAAGAAGCAGUAUCAUUUACUGUCUAUUACAGUUUCAAAGGUUAUCCGAUCAUUUGUGCUAGUUUUUACUGCGAAUACAAUUAUCGACAUGUACUUUUAUAAGAAAGUGACAUUUCCCAUUUUCCGGUUUCUAAAAUUUAAUUUUACAACACCGCUAUCGAAGUUCUAUGGUGUGGCUCCUUGGCAUUUUCAUCUUUUUCAAAGCCUGCCCAUCAUAUUAGGUGCAAGUAUUCCUGUUUUCAUUAUUGGAUUGUUCUUUCAGUUAAGCCGAAAGAGCUUCCCUAAAGUAUACCUUAAUCCGUUUUUUCAAGUGAAACUCACAAUCUUAUUGAACCUGGUAGUAUAUUCUUGGCUACCCCAUAAGGAAUUUAGGUUUAUUUUCGCCUUACAGCCGCUUUUUAUAUUAUUAUCAUCAUUCGGUCUCUUGAAACUUAACGCAGAAUAUGGGAAAAGACUGGCCUGCCUAAAAUCUUUACUAUGGUUUAUUCCAUUUGCGUCAGUAUUUUUUGCAUUACUUUUGGAUACAUUCCAUGAAUCUGGAUCUAUCGAAGUCAUGAAAUUUCUGCACGAAGAGCCUGAGAUAGACAGUUUGGGAUUUAUUAUGCCCUGUCAUUCGACACCUGGUCAAAGUUAUUUGCACCGAAAUGACAUUUCAGAUUUGUGGUCAGUUACAUGUAAUCCUCCACUGCAUCUACUUGAUGACCCCGAAGCCUAUUCCAAGCUUGAAACCUACAUGGAUGAAAGUGACCAUUUGUAUGACGAUAUAUCCACAUUUAUAUAUAGACAUUUUCCACCGCUAUUCCGCAAAAACCUAAGAACUCCAGGUAAAACAUACAGCCAUGAAUGGCCGACAUACUUGGUUGUUUUCGAACACAUGGAUAACGCGUUUCUGAAGGAUUUUCUGAAAGAUUCAUCGUAUGUUGAGUAUAAAAGAUUCUUCAACUCUCUUGCACACUGGGAUUCAAGAAGGUCGGGGGAUAUUAUCAUUUACUAUAAGUUACCCUUUGAUUUCAACGAUGGUGCAAUAGCAAAUAUCUAG